AUGGAUUCACAAGCACCAACCCCCACAGCCGCGGCCGCGGCUCGCGUCUCCAAAUCGACGCAACAUUCGGCGGAGAGCGCGUCCGGUUCUUCACCUCAGCGCAUGUCACGCAAACGCAGCCUUUCGACAGCAAACGGCGACACGCUGGGCUCACCUGGCUCUGAUGACACAAUUACCCACAACCACGGACGAGGCAGUAAGGGCCACAAGGUCAGCAGGGCAUGUGAUCACUGCAAGCAACGCAAAGCCAAGUGCAGUGGCACAAUACCAUGCGCGACCUGCUCCAAUAGGGGGCUGACGUGCCUCUAUGCGGCUCGAUACUCGAGGGGCCGCCCGCCGACCCCGCCACCGUCACGGGAUCAUCAUCCGGCGGCAGCUCCGACUCACCAUGUCAAUGCAAGACUUGACCACCAGACUGAGCCCCGAGUUACUGUAUCUCAACCUGAGAAUAUGCGCUUGAGCGUCAAUCGUCUCAGUGAGAGUGUACCAGCGUCCCGUGCGUCCCCUGAGCUCGGUAUGGCGGAAAUUGAGGGACAGGUUUUUGAUCCCACAUCCGGCGUCACCUUUCUCCACCGAGCUUGGAAAAGGCUAGCCAAGCAUGACGGUGCCGUUCCUGUCAAUGAUUCCCAUGCCUACGCUUCCGUCCAACACCAACCUGUUAUGCUGGCCGGAGACAGACCUCUGCCCCAGACCUCGGAAGAGGACAUUUACAGGUUGAACUUGCCCGGCCAUCAAGACCUUGUGGAUCUGCUGGCCAUGUACUUUGAUGUCUGCAUUGCAACAUACCACAUUGUGCAUAGACCUACGGCACAGUGUUGGCUGGAGACCAUCGAAACAAACGUCCAGGGGGGACAGGUACCUUGGCAGGGUCUUGGCAGGGCCAGGACGUCCAUCGUACUAGCCUGCCUAGCUGUAGCGACGGCACAUCGUCAAAAGUCGCGUGGUCUUGCUUCCGACCAGGUCGACGUGCUCUCGCUGUCUCCAAGCGAUCACCUCUUCUGCGUUGCUGCUCAGCUCACGGACGCGGAAACCGGGUCCCCGCGACUCGAGUCUGCUCAGGCGCGAAUAAUCCAAACCUUGUAUCUCCUGACCACCUCUCGAUUCAAUCGAGCUUGGUACACCUUUGGCAAUGGACUGCAGAUCAUCUCAGCAUUGGGUCUCCAUCGAAAAAGUGCGAGAAAGCGCCAGCUCACUUCGAGCCCGGUCGACUACAUCCAGUCGCAAUUCCGUGUUCGAACCUUUUGGACAGCGUACAUCUUGGACAAGUACCUUGGCGUGAUAUUCGGGCGUCCAAGGCAUUACCAUGAUGACGAUAUUGAUCAAGUCUUACCGGACAAGAUCGACGACGACGAUAUGACAGCCCAGGGACCCAUCGCUGUGGGCGGUGAGCAGGCAGGCGCUGCAGCAGAGGCUUUGAUAUUUCACAUCAAGAUCGCCCAGAUCAUCAGCAAGAUAUCGCGUGAGGUCUACUCGAUCAAACCCAUAUCGGAGGAAGAACGCAUCUCCGCCGCACACCGACUUAGCAAAGAGGUCCACGAGUGGAAGGAGAGCCUGCCACCGUAUUUGGGCUCCAUCCAUCCUUCAAUGCUAGUUCCAAGCUUCAGGCGGAAAUCGAUCGUCCUCAAGCUUGGCUACAGUCACGCCAUUAUGCACGCUAACAGGCUGUUCCUCCUGGCGACGGUGUACCCGGAGAGUGAAACUCAGAUUGCCGAGUGUCUGGGUGCCGCUCGCAGCGUGUUCGAGACGGUUGAUGGCCUAGCUGCAGAGGGCCCAAUCUUUCACGCCUUUUGGUGGACGCAACGCAUCUUGCCAAAGCAACGGCCACAAACUCUCCCAGUCGGCGGUAUGCCGUAA